AUGCCUCCAAAGAAAGCGACGGUCAGAGCGAAGACGAAACCGAGUCCUGCAAAAGGUCGCGCCAGUCAACCCACUGGCAAAACUGCUAGGAGAGUCAGCCGUGGUGUAGAGCGUGAGUUCAGCAAGUUCCCUUCCGUUGUUAAUGUUUGUACUGAUUCUGCGACUGAAAUAGCCGGAGAUCCUUUUCCAGGGAGGAAGAAGCGCCGCUACAGACCUGGAACGCUUGCGCUGAAGGAGAUCAGGAGAUAUCAAUCGUCGACAGAACUUCUUAUGAGAAAAUUGCCUUUCUCGCGUUUGGUAGGCAACGCUUUGAGAUGCGAUGAUACGUUACCAGGAGCUAAUGGCGCGUAUAGGUUCGUGAAAUUGCUCUCAAUUUACGUCCGUCAGGAGAGGGCAAUCCAAGCACUUCAAGAGGCAUCAGAGGCAUUCCUGGUACAUCUAUUCGAAGACACAAAUCUGUGUGCCAUCCAUGCUAAGAGAGUCACUAUUAUGCAAAAAGACAUACAACUUGCGCGAAGAAUUCGGGGAGCUUGGGGUGGGCUGGGCUAA